UGUUUAUUAAGUAACUGCAUUAAUGUGUUUGCAAAUCUAGACGAUGGGUUACAUGGCAGUCCUGUCUGUGAAAAUGGUGACAGCCAACAUGUUACUGAGUCUCUUCUUUAUUCCAGGUGCCUUGGAUGUGAAUGUUUGUCCUAAUCCACCAGCCAUCGUCAUUACCACACCACAGAAAAUGGAAGCACUGAGUGGAUCUUGUUUGCAAAUCCCAUGUAACUUUAGUGUUAAACAAGGAGAUUUUACUGGCAUGAGUAUCUUUGGAGUGUGGAUUAAACAAAACAACAAUUUAUAUCCAACUAACAUAACUAUUGACAAAAAUGAUCCAAUGAAUAUUAUUGGAAAUCUGAGUCAAAAAAACUGCACCACUCUGGUUUCCAAUUCACUCACAAAUCUUACAAACACAUACUUCUUAAGAAUUCAGAACUUUGCGAUCAGUGGAUCCAAAGCAACAGCAUGUAAUGAUCCUCUUCAAGUAAAUGUUACAGAUUCUCCUCCGAGCCCCAGAAUUGAGAUCCCAGCUGAUCUGAAAGAGAAGCAGUCUGUCACUAUAACCUGCUCAGCUUCCACUCCCUGUCCACACUCCCCUCCUAAACUCACCUGGAACCUCCAACAAGACUCUCACAGCAACACAGAGGAAAACACCGAUCGAACCUUUACAACUAAAAUCCAGGAGACCAUCACUCUGUCAGACCAACAUGAUGGAUACAACAUCACCUGUUCUGCCACAUAUCCUGUGAAUGAAGGAAAAGAUGUCAAGACAGCAGAGGAGAGAAAGACUCUCAGUGUUUCAUAUGCUCCUAAAAACACCUCAGUGUCCAUCAGUCCAUCAGGUUUGGUGUCAGCAGGUAGCUGGGUGAACCUGACCUGCUCCAGCAGAGCCAAGCCUCCCGUCAGCCGCUUCACCUGGUUCAAGAACAGCACAGAUGGACCCAAGAAUGUAUCUGAAGGAGAGGUUUACAGCUUCAAGGUGACCAAUGUCACUGAUGGAGGAGUUUAUUACUGUGUGGCCACAAAUGAUCUUGGUAAUCAGACGUCAUCAGAGAUCCAUCUGACUCUUGAAGGACUGACUGGUGGAUCUCUAAACUGGGGGGCAGUUCUUGGAGGAAUUAUUGGGGUCAUUUUACUCGUCUGCCUGGUUGUCGGUGUUUGCGCUGUCCUGUGUGGGAGGCGGUUAAAGUCAACACAUUCAACUCAACAACCGAGUCAGAGUCAAACAGGUGAAGAGCUGGCUGUUGAAAACCCAGCAUUUAAAACUGAAGAAAAAGAAGACAUCCAUUAUGGAGAGGUUGACUUCUCAAAACAGAGACCUGAACUGUCCUCUGACUCAGUGCAGGACAGUGGACAGCAGCAGGAUACUCUGUAUGCACAGGUCAAAGUGUCCCAGCCAGCGAACAGCUUAACAAAGACUGCUGACGGCCCAGAGGAUAUCUACACUCAAGUGAAGAAAAAAUGAGAGCUGUUGUAACCUCUUAACAUUCCUGUAAAAUUCAUGCAAAACGUCUAUUCAAGGCAUAUCCAAAGUAAAUCGAAUGUAGUUCUUAAACCAUUUGGAGUAUAUGCAUGGUUUUGGGCUUCUCUGAAAGAUAACACUCUGGAGUGUCUAACCCAAAAGUCAGAAUGAUUGUAAAGCCUGCUGGAAUUGAUUAAAAUAAGUUUAAACACA